CUCGGGCUCAGUGUGCUGUGUGGAUACACGCUGUGUUUGGGUCUCUUGUUGUUUUUGUAACACGGUGUUCGCUUCAAAGGAAAAAAGGAUGGAAACAAAUCAAAUCUGAAAUCAAGACUUCAACGAUUAAGCUUUGAAGGGAUGUCUGUGACAUGGGCACAGAGCGCGAGGAGAAAGAGCAAACAAACGGAGAAGAGGAUGCAUCUCAACAGGACGUCACCAGUAUUGCUGAUGUGUCUGUGGAGGUAGCCACAGUGGACCACACUCUGCAGAAGUUCUGCAGAAGGAACAGGAGACGCAGACCAAAGAAAUCAGACAUCAAGGAACUAUGGACUCGUCUGCUGAAUGUCCCCCACAUUGCUCUCAUCAUUGCAUCUGUGGUGUUUGUGGUGGUGACUAUCAUGUGGUCACUGCUGUGGGUCUUUAUAUUUCAAAGAGAGAGCAACAGUGGAGUGUAUUUCGCAGGCAUGUUUCGUGUUGCCAAUGUGGAGUUUAUCCCAGAGUACCGCCAGGCAGAGUCAAACGAAUUUGUGUCCAUGGCAAAUAAAAUACAACAUGUGGUGAGUAAUGUCUAUAAGAUGUCCUCAGUGUCCAGACUCUACAAACAAGCCGUCAUCUCAGAUCUCAGUAACAACAAUAAGGGUGGAGUGUUGGUGCAUUUCUGGAUGGUGUUUGUGGUCCCUCGUCUGAAGAGUACAGCUGUGUGUGAGGACUGUGUAGAAGCCAUUUUUAGAGAUUCAGUCCACACCAGUUGGAAGAACAGGUCAUCUGUGGGCUACCUGCUUGGUCUUCCAGUGGAUAUUGACUCCAUCCUCAUCAAUGCUGUUCAGCGUUCAGAUUAUACGUCAAACGCAGCAGGUUCACAGUGUGUAGAUAAACUAUAUGCCAACCUUGGAAUGAGAGUCCCUUUAAAUGUCUUUUCAUCGUGGGAUGGUAUUAGUUGCCAUGUAAAGCUAACCGCUGCCCCUGGUUCUUUAAUCCGGCUGACCAUCACCUCAUUCCUCAUUGAGCCCAGCGACUGUGUGAAUGACGCUCUGACAGUGUACAAUGCUUUGCUGCCCAUGAGAGGGCGCAUUCUGCACAGGCUGUGUGAGCCGGUGUCCAGCUCCUUCUCGCUGGUGUCCACCUCCAACGUCAUGUUGCUGUCCUUUAGAAUGACUAACGGCAACAAGAGCUUCAGGGGGUACUUUGAGGCCAUCACAGAAGAACUUUGUGUGUCUCACAUUGAGACAGGGUCAAACCCCGACAUCCACGGUCAGAUCUAUAGCCCCUUCUACCCGAGCCUGCUCCCCCCUCAAUGCACCUGUACCUGGAAUUUUCAGACUCCUAGCUCGGCUUUGGGAGUUGCUCUUCGGUUCCACAACUAUGUACUGAAACCAAAAGAGAUGAAGGCCUGUGAUCAAGGCUGGUGGAAGGUCAAUCAAUUCAUUUUCUGUGGGACCUACGUGGGCCACCAAACAGUGUUUCGGAUCCAUGACCACAGCCCAGAGGUGGAGUUUCACUGCAGCUCACGUAACCUCUGUUCAGCCUUUCAAGUGUCUUACAGCAGCUACAAUAUCAGCCAACCCUGUCCAGAGAGCCACUUCCUGUGCUCCACAGGACUCUGCGUGGAGAAGAGUAGACGCUGUGAUGGUCUUGACGACUGCCAGGAUGAGAGCGAUGAGGUCUUCUGCUCAAGGCCCUCAAAGAACUGUGUCGGCAGCAGUCAUCUGCAUCCUUUGUUUGUGUGCAAUGGAGAGGCAGACUGCACCAAUGGAAUCGAUGAAAUCAACUGCACUCAGGAAACAACCUGCUCUGCAAUCAGGUAUCAGUGCAGAAGUGGCUCCUGUAUCCUGAAAAAGAAUGCUAAGUGUGAUGGUGCUUUUGACUGUAAAGACCACAGCGAUGAGGACGACUGUGCUUGUGGUCGUCCGGUGAAGAAGGCGGGUUCAUCCAUAAACUCUGACCGCAUUGUGGGUGGAGCCAACUCUGGGGAGGGGGAGUGGCCAUGGCAGGUCAGCCUCCACUUCUCUGGUAACCUGCGCUGUGGAGCAUCUGUGGUCUCCUCUGAUUGGCUCAUCUCAGCUGCCCACUGCUUCAACAAAGAAAGGCUGUCUGACCCACGCCACUGGAGCGCCCACCUCGGCAUGCUGACCCAGGGCAGUGCCAAGUAUGUGGCUGAUAUCCAGCGGAUCGUGGUGCACGAGUACUAUAACGCAGUAACAUUUGAUUAUGACGUUGCGCUGCUGCAGCUGAAGAAACCCUGGCCUUCAUCCCUCAGCCCACUCAUCCAGCCUGUGUGUCUACCAGCCCCCUCCCACACUAUCACAGACAGCCACCGCUGCUGGGUCACUGGGUGGGGAUAUCGCUCUGAGGAUGACAAAGUGCUGCCAUCCAUGCUAUUGAAAGCAGAAGUGUCCAUAUUGAGCCAGGCCGACUGUAAGAAGAGGUACAGCCCAGUGUCACCACGUAUGCUGUGUGCUGGGGUCCCGUCUGGAGAGCAGGACGCCUGUAGAGGGGAUUCAGGGGGUCCUUUGUCCUGUCAGGCUCCAGGUGGGGGUCGGUGGUUCCUGAUUGGCAUUGUGAGCUGGGGGGUGGGCUGUGGAAGACCGGAUUUUCCUGGAGUCUACACCCGGGUCAGCAAGUUCACCUCCUGGAUCCACAGCCAUAUCAACUAACAUGUUCAAUCCUUCAUUCACUGCCAGCAUGUCAAAAAUAUUCUGCUCACAGCAAUAAUAAAAACAUGAG